AUGUUUGCACACGCGGACCGCCCCACACUGGAAGCCCUCGAGGCAGUGGCGGCGUAUGCAGCAGCGGUGCGCGCAGAGGCACAGGCGGACAGUGCAGCGGGCACGGAGGGCGGUGGGGAGAGCAGUGCGAGGGGGCGUGCGGACGGGGUGGAGGUGGAGGAGCAUCGAUCCGCUUAUGACGUGCUGUGUGGGGAGCGCGGCGAACUCAAGGUGGGGAGGGAGGAGUGCAGGUGGGGCAAGCACCUGAGAGUGCUGUUUCUGGACCGACAGCACUUCCCCAACGGGGCCGUCUACUCCAUCUGGCGCUCGCGCAACGCUGCUGCGUCGUGCCACCGCCUGCGCUGCAUGACCCUGCACAACGGGGUCAUCGUGGGUGAGUCAACCGUCACUGCGCCCACUGCCCACGCCCAGUAG